CAUCUAUAAUAUAUAUAUUUUAGACUACAAAUAUAAUCACAAAAACAUGGCGCUGUGUUAUAUGAGGUUGUUUUAUCGACGAAACAGUUGCCUUCAUACUUUCCGAAAUUUAUAUACUUGCAGUCAACGAAAUGUUGCAAUUUCGAAACCUUUGUUCAUGGGAAGUACAAUUUGCGAAUCUCAUGAUGAGAAAAAUAUACGCUUGAAAAGACCUAUGUCACCACAUUUAACUAUUUACCAAAUUCAGUUAACAGCAUUUCUUUCAAUUACUCAUCGUACAACAGGCAUGAUAUUAUCAGGAUAUGCUGUGUUGCUUGGUUUAGGAACAUUAUUUAUCCCAGGAGGUAUUCCUUGUCUCAUAGAAGUAAUCACAGAAUUAGGUUUGUCAGCACCUGUUCUUUUCUUGGGAAAAUCUUUGCUUGCUUUACCUGCCACUUAUCAUACAUUUAAUGGAUUGCGUCACUUGGCUUGGGAUAUUGGAUUAUUUCUUACAAUUAAGGAAGUCUAUAGUACUGGUUAUGUAGUAGCUGCAUUAUCAGCAAUUUCUGCUAUUGCUCUUGCUGCUAUGUAAGUUUAGAUAAUUGUAUCAUCAUGUUGUGAUAUAAUUUGUAUUGAAAAUUAAUUGUACUAUUAAACAAAUAUGUUGCAUCUUGUACUUUGCAAAUUGUAU